UCACAUCUUGUUGUUAUAUUCGCAUGCAGUAGCUUGGGAACUUGAUUUGACAAAGAAAACAAAAGAUAUCAGUUGCUACAUCUGUACCUGUAAUGCGUUAAUCUAAUAAUUACUUCAUUUGGACAGUGUUUGAGUAUAAUAGAAGCAUGUCAUUAGAGAAACUUGAAACUAAUCAAGAUUCAGCGAAAAAGCAAACAAUGGAAGAAGAGCAAGUUCCGAUGUCGUCUGUCGCGUGCGUAUUAUCCACGAGCGAAGGAAGCAAGACAACCGAGACUACUCCGUCAACCAAAGCCGCGAAUAAUACACCGGUCGCUCCGCUCUCCCAGAUUUUCUCGAGCUCGAGUGCCACACCGCUAUUCAACGGGUCGAAGACGACGAUAGCAUUCGACACGGACAAACCGUCGUUGUUCGCCGCAACGGACAGCAAGCAGCCAGGAUUUGCCAUGCUCGAGAACAAAAUUUCAACGUUCGGCGGUAAUACCGAGAGUAAACCAGCGAUUUUCGGUGCGAUAACGAUGUUGCCCGUAUUCAAUUCACCACCGCUCGCGACAACUCCUCUACCAACAUUCGACACACUGUCCAACAAGACUACUUCGUCGCCCUUCGGAUCAUCUAAUGCCUCGGCUUUUGGAAACAGUACCACACCCGCUUUAGGAGGUGUUACGACAACACCUACUAUAGUCUCAACCACAAAGCCAGGCGAGACUAAUGCGCCGAACUCGUCUUUGUUCACGUUUGGUUCGGCUUCGUCGCAACAAUCGGCAAGCAGCGAAUUUAACUUCUCUGCGAAUGUUAAUCCACCACCGUCCGCGUCGUCUGCGAAGCCACGUCGUCUGCGAAUCCAUUCGGUGGAAUUUAAAGAUCGUAUUUCUGACGAAAAAGAAGUUAAGAAUAUCUCUACUGUGAUUACCUCGGAAAAGGAGCAAACAGUAUCUUUGCCAUUUUUAUCGAAUAUCAAGAGCUGUUCUGAAACACAGAUUAAGUCAAGUACACUUGACCAUACAUGGAGAAUUAAACAAUUUAAGUGUCUUUAUGAAUUUGUGAAGAUGAUGGAGUCUCCACCAUUUCCAGAAACUGGUCAAUACCGGAUUCAAAUGGAACGUCAAUAUGUGCCUCACUCUCCAACGUAUAAUGUAGUAUGCUUUUAUAUACUUACUAGUAAUACAUUUAACGGUUUAUGUAUCACUACUAUAAUGCUACCGUCUGGAGAAGUUGUAUCAUCAAAAUCCAUUUCAGGUUCUAUAUCGAAUAACACAUUGUUAAUUGAAAUCCUGGAAGACAAGCUUCUGUCAGCGUUAGAUCAUAUAGAUACGCUUACAAUACAUUGCAAAUUUGAAUUUUUUUGUAAUGUAGUAAAUAAAACUAUACGUUUGAAUUCACUACCAUCUUCAAAUAAAGUUUCAGAAGACGUGACAUAUUUUAAAGACUUGACUUUUGAUGAGUUUCGGUCUAAAAAAAACAAUAUUUUGAUAAAAAAAUUAGUUGAUGGAAAAUAAAUGGUACAUAAAAAAAUUGUGUACCAACGGUAGUUUAACUGUUUCUGAAUAAAUAAAAUGUAUGGUAAAAGAAAAACAAUGUGUUAUACGAAAAACGUGCGCUACCAACAGUUACUUUAAGAAUAUCUGCCUUACAUAUAAGGAAAAAGAAAAGGAUAAAUGAAUGGGUAACAUAUAUAGUGAGGUACAACCUUGUAAACGAAUUUUUUUUAUAAAUUAUACCUGGCUCAAUAAUGUGACAAUGUGAUUAUGACAUGUUUUAAAAAAUUAUUAACAGCUGAUGAGAAUAAUGAUGUAUCAACUUUAAAAUUAACGUGUAAAUUAUGUGCCACGGUUAUUUUAUGAUUAAAAAUGCUAUGAAACGUCACCAUUUAUGACAGAUAAGAAAUUAACUUUGGCUAAUACUGGAUUCAUAUAAUAUUGCAGUCUUUAAUAUAAAUUUAUAGAACAUGAGGUAUUUUAUUUAUUUAUUUAGUAAACAUUC